CAAGAUACCGGUAACCGACGUGUUUUUAACCGGUUUCUUUUCGCAAAAUCCAAUUCGUCCUUAGUGCGCCGGCGCAUAGGCCGAUCCCACACCACAACACGGGGCCACGGGCAAAAUAGAAAAACAGAUUUGCAGGCAGACUGAAGGAAGCUUGAAUCGCAAAAAAAUUCAAAUCCGAAGUCAUGGGGAAUGCCGCAAGUCGAGUCUUCAACACGGCCACCAAAGGUUUACGAGAUUUCAAUGUUGAAAAUCGAGCUCAUCGAGUUAUUUCGCGUGACAAACCAAAACCCGCACCACGAUACCCGGCAGACGAAAGAGAAUUGGAGAGAAUCGUCAAAGAACACCCGGAGGUCUUGUUAGAGCAAACAAAAAAACUGACUGACUUGGACAAAAGACUGAAAACAGUUUUCGUCGUUUCCCACGACCCAGAGCAUGACGUUAAGCAGCAACCUUCCUCAAAUCGACCUUUACCUGUGGCCAGGAACUCUCCUCAACGACCAGAAUUUGGCUUCGAGGAGCCGGCUGAAGUUGCUCCAGGAAAAGUUACGUUGAAAAACGUUCUCCAAUUCAUCUACGAUCACCAGACUGAUCCACUCAAGUGGAGUAAAGAGAACAUUGCAAAGCAAUAUAAGCUUGAAGCAGAGUGUGUUGAAAACAUUUUGGCAAACUUUCGUCCCCUGCUAGUACUGGUGCCCGAAGGGAAAAAGGGCAAGAAGCAGCAGACGCUGUCUGUCUCGCAGAGGAUACAGAAGCUGUCCUCUUAGGAGGCGUUGCCGCUGCACCUGUCCCAGCGCCAAACAGAGCCAUCGUCGCACACGCACACCAGCACUUGGCCGUCACGACUCAAACUUGUUUGCCGAAUGGCAGUUGUGCACUUCGGGUGCUGCAGCUGGUGGCAUCGAGCUUGUCCUGGCUCGUCCGCUUGGUCGAACUGCCACACAUAAGUGCGGCCCACUUGAUUGCCCAACGCCAGAGUUGUCUGUCGUUGGUCCAUAGCAAAGCGGACAAACCUUUAAAUAUCGAAGCGGUGGAGCACAGUGACUGCCGAGUCGUUCAACUUCAAAGGCUUGCCCAAACGCCCCGGCUGCCAGCAGACGAUGCAGUUUUCGCAAGACUUGGAGAGAACAAAGUCUCCAAGCCAGCGGACACAGUCGACGUAGUUGCGGUGAAUAUCUCGAGUGGAAAAAUCGGGGAAGUGCUCCUUCAACGAAUUAAACGGUCGGGCGCCAGAUCGGAAAGAGUACGACUCCUUGAUGGCAUCCUUGAUGUGCGGCUUGUCCAGGCUCCACAACUUCAACGAGUGGUCCAUUCCACAGGACAUGAUGCGAUCGCCCCGCAAAUCAAAAUCCUGCAAAAAAAUACAAGUUUGGGUCAAACGACUAGGGACUGGUGUGCAAUUGUGAUCAGAGUUAGUUCCUCGAGUAAAUAAAGAAUCGAUAGAAAGUGAAUAAUUUU